UGACCUCAGAGGUGGCCCUGUCUGGGCUGCUGGGCCCGCGCCUCCCCCCCGAGUCCCGACCAAGACGGACUGAGCCAGGGGCUUGCUCAACCUCAGGGUCACUCCCAACACCUUGGGCGCCGCAAGUUGGCAACUGGGAUCCUUUCUCUUGGGCUGGCCCAUUGAUUUUCAACUUAUUUUACCAAUAUCGUUUGUAUUUGGAGUAGGAGAGGGGCUUAGUGGGACUUGAUCCAGCCCUUACGACCUCCCUGCCUUCUCCCCUUUGGGGGAAGGGGGUGGAGUGGGGAGCACACGGCCAGCACCUGUGAAGUCCUGCCCCUCCAGCCCUCUUCUCUGCCCUCCCACCUUUCUCCCUCCCGCCGCCCGGCUGCGGACCACGCCCCCCGCAGGCCCCUCCCACGCGGCGCGGCCGGGCCAGUCCCCUGACCCCGUUUUAACCUGAGCCCUGGCGUGGGGCGGGGAGAGGGAGAGUGCUAGCGCUCAAGACCGAGGGCUUAAUGCGGGCUGAGGAGCAGGUCCGACCCAGUACCGAGGAGCCGGUGUGGCCCCGGAUAGCCCCUGGGAGAACCAGGUGCUGUCAUUAGUCCCAACCUAGGGAAGAGUUGCUGCAGCUGGAUGGUCAUGGGGGAGCCCAGGAGAGAGGAGUAUAAAAUCCAGUCUUUUGAUGCAGAGACCCAGCAGCUGCUGAAGACAGCCCUCAAAGAUCCAGGUGCCGUGGACUUGGAGAAAGUGGCCAAUGUGAUUGUGGACCAUUCUCUGCAGGACUGUGUAUUCAGCAAGGAAGCAGGACGCAUGUGCUACGCCAUCAUUCAGGCAGAGAGCAAGCAAGCAGGCCAGAGUGUCUUCCGCCGUGGACUCCUCAACCGGCUGCAGCAGGAGUACCAGGCUCGGGAGCAGCUUCGAGCCCGCUCCCUGCAGGGCUGGGUCUGCUACGUCACCUUUAUCUGCAACAUCUUUGACUACCUGAGGGUGAACAACAUGCCCAUGAUGGCCCUGGUGAACCCCGUCUACGACUGCCUCUUCCGGCUGGCCCAGCCCGACAGUCUGAGCAAGGAGGAGGAGGUGGACUGCCUGGUGCUGCAGCUGCACCGGGUUGGGGAGCAGCUGGAGAAGAUGAACGGGCAGCGCAUGGAUGAGCUCUUUGUCCUGAUCCGGGAUGGCUUCCUGCUCCCAGCCGGCCUCAGCUCCCUGGCCCAGCUGCUGCUGCUGGAGAUCGUCGAGUUCCGGGCAGCUGGCUGGAAGACGACCCCGGCUGCGCACAAGUAUUACUACAGCGAGGUCUCUGACUAGGCCUCCAAAUCAGGCCUCCUCCCCAGCGGCACCGGCCUUUCUUCUACCCCCCUCCCAGCCUGGCAGUGGCAUCUUCGCCUCUCCCAGACUUCUUCCCUUCCAGACUUUAAACAGCACCCGAGAUGUUUCCCACUUACGCGGUGGUCCCGCCCUGAGCACCUUCGCUCCGAUUCCAGGAUUGGGGAAGACACCAAGCACACCUGCCCCACGGUCCCAUCAGCGUUUGGCUCCCCUCACCUUCAACCUGGGCCAGGCAAAGAAGGGCAACUCCUGACAAGCACUGCACUAUGUAACCUUUGGUACAAUAGCUAUCUUGGUGCCUCAGUUUCCCCAUCUGUAAAAUGAAUACCCAGAGCCACUGGUAGGGUGCUUUGGGAUAUCAAAGGGGAGAAGCAGAGUCACACCAGAAACUGCUUUUUAUACAUUUUGUACAAGGACCACUUUGGAACCGAGCACGUUUCCUCCAGUUGGUUUUAAUGAAUGGCAGUACCACAUCACAUGCUACACCAGCUCAGGAUGAGAAUUUUCUAAUAAACUUUUUCUGAUACUAAAA